AUGCCCCAUGAGGAUCUGUACGUAUGUCCUGCGGUGAGAAAACCCACCAGUGGCCAGUUGAAAGAUAUUGCACAUGAUCUUGGAUUUCACUAUGAAGACGAAGACAUUCAGAAAUACAAAGAGAUAAUCGGAGAAAGCAUCGAAAGUAUAAACAAUGCAGAGCGGUUGAUGGAGCCAAGAUUACCAACCAAAUAUCCCAGACUGCCUGGGUAUAGACCAAACCAACAAGAAAAUCCUUAUAAUGCAUGGUACUGGAAAUGCGAGAUCCAGGGAUCUAGAUGUGGUAAAUUGGCGGGAAAACGGAUAGCAAUCAAGGAUAAUGUAGCAGUAGCAGGGGUUCCGAUGAUGAAUGGAUGCUUCGCGCUUGAAGGAUACACACCAGACUUUGAUGCAACGGUUGUCAAUAGAAUUCUGGAAGAAGGAGGAUUUAUUGCCGGCAAGACAACCUGUGAAAAUCUGUGUUUAUCUGGGAGCAGUUACACAGCAGCUAAAGGACCAGUUUUUAACCCUCAUGAUACCACAAUAUCAUGUGGAGGAUCAAGCUCUGGUAGUGCUGUUGCAGUUUUAGUUGGUGACGUUGAUAUGGCCAUUGGAAGUGACCAAGGUGGAUCUGUUCGUCUUCCUGCAGCUUGGACUGGUAUUGUUGGUUUGAAGCCAACAUAUGGACUAGUCCCUUAUACUGGGGCUUGGUCUCUUGAACCUUCCACUGACCAUCUUGGACCCAUGGCGAGAACUGUUCGGGACUGUGCUAAGCUCCUUGAGGUGAUUGCCGGAUACGACAACGGUAACGACCAUAGACAGUGCAAACACAUACAAGUACCUGAGUAUCUCAAAGAGCUUGAAGGUUCUAGUAUAUCUGGUAUAUCUAUUGGUAUAUUAGAAGAAGGACUUAGUAACCCUAAAGCAGAUCCCGGUCUCUGUUGUGUCGUUGAAAGUGUUGUCAACCAGUUAGCAUGUUUAGGAGCUUCUAUAAAGAGAAUAUCGAUCCCCAUUCAUUCGAAAGGUAAAGAGUAUAUUGAAUAACUUGUCUGGUAGGCAAGCAAUCCGGUUUGUCGGUGAAGGGCAUGUGGUUCACAGUGUGAAUACAUCUCACACUUGCAGCUACAUUCUAAAAAUAUUGGGGUAAAAGUGCUCCAUGAGGGUUAUUAUAUGCUCAACCAACAUUGGGUAUUUCCUUUGGUCAUUUUUAUUUAUCCAGUGUGAUGAAACUUUUGCCCAUUCUAAAGUAAUUGCUGCUUAUUUUUAACCUUAUUGGACCAUAUGCUUCCCACAUUGGGUAAAAUACUGCCCAAAUUUGGUUGGACACAUAAUUACCCUCGUGGUGGUAAAAUCUGGAGACCAACUCCUUCCUCUUAAAGCCUUUCUUGGCUAUAAAAUGAAAAUGUGUUUUAUUGGAUAAAUUAACUAAUUUUAAAUUUGAACCCUUACCCCAAUUGUCUUUUUUUUUGUUAAAGCAACAACAGCAGCAGCAACAACAACAACUCACUUGUCCUUCAAUCACUUCAUUCUCUAAUUCAUCAAAGCCUAGAAAAUAAGCAUGUAAUCGACAAUCACGCUUAUAAUAUCAAC